AUGUCUCCAUGCUCGCCUUCAUCGACCUCGACGAUACCAGCGUAUGAUUCAGACAGUGCAGGAACAGAUAGAUCGAAUCAGAACACUGGAGCAAUGAUGCAGAAACACAAUUCAUCGGGAGCGACUGACACGACAUGCACUCUUGACCCGAUCCAAGACUCUGGCUUCCAUGGUAUCAAGGAGUUCCCUGGUUCAAUGGUGAAAAGCAUCGACAAAGCGACGAAACCCAAGGAAAGUUACAAUAAGACUCAGAUUUCGAAGCAACCAAGGAUGUGCGCAUAUGAGCAUUGCCCUUCUCCCAUGCAUUCAAACAAGUGGAGGGUGGUCACCCCUCAAACGAGUGCAGGAGGCAGAGACUGGCUUCCUCUUCUGGGGAUGACGUUGUGUGAUUCUUGCUACUCAACCUACCGAAAGCAUGCAACAUUUGUUCGAUCCGUGCGCACAGCGGAGGGAUGGGCUCGGUUCGAUCGGGAGACCAAAGAACACGUGUUGAACAAGCCACGAAGUGGAAAUGUGAAGCGCCUCAGAAACUUCGAGCCGGAUCAAGACUCGCCGAUCCGAAAGAGAGCGAAGUCAAUGCGCAAGAAUGAUGCCUGGAAGGAGAGCAAAGAGGCGAUGAUGUACUCUGCAUCGGAUGAAAAAGAGGACGAGAGGAUCGAUCGUCCAAGUCGUGCACGAAAGCCUAGUGCAAAGCUAAGAGAUGCUUUGAGUACAAUCGAUACAGCGUCGAAAUCGGAGCGGAAAUCUAUCUUGCAAGCGAAGAUCUCACUUCUCCAAUCAGAGAUCAUUGGAUUCCGGUUGGACCGUGAAGAUAUUUCCUACGAUGCUUACAACUCAAUGAUGGGACUUGACGGUCAGCAAGAGCUCUCAAACAACGAGACGGAGGCGUGGUCUCCAGAUGACUUGCUGGAAGAAUCAUCAGAGGGAAACGAAGUCCUUCUAUAUCAAGAUUACGAGGCCGUCAUGGACAACAUGUGCAACUUAGUUGGCUCCUACUGCGAGUCGCCGCUACUUCUCGAGGGCGAUCUCGCGUGA